UACGGGUAAAAACUGGGAACUAAUUAGCUCCGAAGAUAAAGCAUUCCUUCGUUUGGUGAAAACGCAUGAGUUUAGAAACGUGUCUUCGAUGAAAUCGCCGGUGGUAAACAGUAAUUUUAUUGAUUUGCCCGUUGGCAACGAUCCUUCUAGUGCCGACGAUGGCUGCUUCGAACUUUGCUCCAUUGAAUAUCAUGUCGUAUUCAAUGAGAGUUACGGGGUACCAAUGCUUUUGUUCAAUAUCUACAGGGAAUAUCCAGGCAGGAUGAAUAUGGAAGAGGCAUGGGAUGCAUUGGAGCUAUCGAAAGAAGUGAGUUCGUCGAAAAAAUAUGAAACUUUGACUAUGGUCGAACAUCCUUUGCUGUUUCGUCCGUUCCUGUGCCUUCAUCCGUGUAAAACGAUUGAUAUACUGAGCAGCCUGCAAUCGGUCAAUCCUAUUAUAACGUUUUUGUCAACGUAUGGGCCGUUUGUGAAUUUAAACGUUUCAGAUUUGCCAACAUAUGAGUAAGAGUUUGAAAAAGUCUAAUUUUGUGGUUUUGAGCAAGGUAGAAGCGCAUAAUACGUUUGUUUGUUUAGCUAAGUCUAUUUUAGGCUCCGUGAAAAAGUAUCCGACUAUUUUAUGCUGCAGGAUUUUUACGAGUCUACCAGACUCGUAUAGUAUUGUUUAUUAAAAUUGUAC